AUUAUUGAUCAUGAGCUCAUAAAGUAUGGGCUAAUGGCUGCUAGUCAUCAUUAUUUACAUUCAAAAUCGUUUUUGGUGGUAACAUCGACCUUGCGUCUUGAAAAUUUGUGAUAGUAUCUUGCCCUUAUUAUGAAUCUCUUCUUAUUAUGAACACAAGCCCGGAAUAUUGUGUCGCGAGCAUGACCUUUCAUUAUGCACUGGAAACGAUACCGCAUUAUCAGCCCCUGUUGGCGGAUGCCCACCAGAUGAGCUAUCACAACACUGUUGUCGUGCGUAGCAGUAGCGACACUUGGUGGUUGGGAUACAUUACGGAUAUCGACGGCGAAUAUGCCUUUAUCCACUUUGACUCCGAAAUAGUGGAAGCUCAUUGGAUACACAUGAGAGAUCUCUGGCCUCUGCCAUCGUACUGGGACACAGACGUUUAUGACACAGAAGGUUACCAAAAUGUUAAGAUAUAUGCGGCACUGCGUGAUGAAGAUAAUGGACCCUUCCGCUUCCGACCAGCCGUGAUGCUGAAUAAAAUUGAGGGUUGUGGCGCAGGUUGUUGCAUGUUUUACAUCAGAAUCAACGGGCCCAAUACCAACGUUCCUGUGCAUAAAGCCCGCCUUCAGAUCGUUCACGAAGGCCAAGUGUCUAGUGCGAUCCCACCCAGCGGACCAUCCAUGCUGGACCGUCACAGUGGUUUGAUGUAUUUCAAGCACUUCAUUUCUUUUGGCCAAGCCAAAGCCGUUCUGAGUGAGCCUUCCGAUAAAUUUCGCAUCGUUAAACAUGCCAGUGAUGCUCUUCGACCCCGAAUGCAAUUACACUCACGUGAAUAUCUGAGUGACUGGUGCCGGUUUCACCUGCGCAUUGAGCAGGGGGGAUGCAUGUUUAUCAUCGCUGGACUGGCAGCCGACGCGGAAACAACGAAUGCGAUGAUUGGGACCUUGUCGAAAAUCUUGGAAACUCAUCUGGCCGGUCGGGCAGAUUUACCGCCUAUUGAUAAGCGAACAUUUCGCGCAAGCGAAAAUACCCCUUGUGAAGCCGAUAUCGAAGUUGGUGCACCGAUGUUGACUGUUUGCAUCCGCGAUUUGACGCCUUCGCUACUAAGCGAUAUUUUGUUGCAUUUGGACUUGCAUUCACGAAUGAAGGCCAAACGAGUGUGCGCUUUAUGGCACUUGCUGCUGAGCAGCUCUAAAAUGAUGGAACACGUCAGCAUCUCUUUCGAAAGCUGCUGCCAGAUCAAGGUGGACAGCGAUACCUGCUUUAAAUUGGCCUCUCUACUCAGCCGCUCAAUCGACGCAACGACUAUAAGUAUCACCGUGUUGAGAGUGUACCCGCCACACGACGCUUCGUUUUUGGGUAAAAUACUGGAUGCUAUGGGAAUUAAGCUGCCCUUGCUUGUGUUCAAAGACCACCUUAACGUCAAGCCAUUAAGAUUUCUUGGAGAAAAUCAGUCAUGUCUAAAGCAUGGGGCAGCGGUUAAUCUUAUAUUGUAUCAGCGCUGUUGCAAGUUCGUUGUACUGCAAAACUUCAAAGUUACCGACCUUUUCGGUCAACACAUGUACGAUGUCUUUGUACAGCCCACCUACGGGUGGUUUACCGGCGUCGCAUCUCGUCUCCUGCCACCGUGUGAGCGGGAGUGGAUGACAAUUCUCACACUCCAGUCACACGAAUUGACCAUUGACAAACUGCAAAUCACCAUUCCAAAGCUCUUGUUGCCCUGCAGUGAAGACGAAAUGCACAUGGCCAGUCGCUUUAUGUGUGCUUUGAACGACAACUUUCCGCCGGUUACGAAUGACAUGGUAGCAAGGGUCACGACUAUCCAUGCGCGUUGGCUGAGCACCAUGACUUAUCCUGAGGACUGGCAGAGCAUUCGCAAUUACCUCAUACUGCUUAUUGUCCUGCGACGAAAUGUCCUGGCGUCGGAACAGUCAUUAGGCAGAAUGCAUGGCGGCGUGAUGUCCUUCAACUAAAUUUCCCGCGACUAAAUGACCCGGCGGUGAAAUGCCUGAGACCAUAUGUCUCGCGACUAGUCCGACUACGAGUAGUUGUCUUCAGCGAAUAUUGCGGUGCCCGUUUUCUUUUUUAUUCCGCUUUAGAAAUCAAGAAAGUUUAAAUCUGCUAAUGCACAACUGGUUUCAGCAGCUCUUCUGUAUCGUGCAAAUUGGGUGAAUCUUUAAUUUUUUUUAUUUGUUUCUGUGGCUAUGGCUCUUGCAAUUGUUUGGGUCUUGCAGCUCUCUCAGUAAAUCAAAGUCAAACUUACGAUAGGCCAACAAAAACGAAUUUGACUUUUCCUGGUGCUCUGAGCGUGAGCCCAUCCAAUUUCCGCAGCUGCAGGCUUAAGUACUUCACAAGGUAAAAUUUUAAUCAGCUUCUUAUUUAUGUUAGUUUACCUUUAGUUCUUUCUCAGGUCAGCACGUCGUUGAUUUUGUUCUCCCACCUGCCGCGCGCCUGUUCUCUGUUUCAUCACAGCUUCUUUGUAAUCGUUAACAACAAAAUAAUAAAUAAUUAUAGGUGUUGCCUGUGUGGCUUGAGCAAUCAGACGUGCUCAUACGUACGUUCGCGUUCAUGUACGAUAUCUUGCUCCUACUCCUACUCCGUCGUACCGUACCGCGAAUUCACUGUUGUGGUACUGUGGUGCCCGUCAUCGGACUAAGCCGAAAUGAGCGGGUUUUGGGUAUCUUUUAAUUUGGAUACCAAACUCGUGGUAGUCACUGGUAACCAGUUUAUUGAUUGUGAUCCUUUACUAUAAAAACUUGUUGUGAUCCUAGAGAUUUUGGUUGCCUUUAUAAUGUUUAACUUUUAACUGAGAAGCAGUGUGCCCGGCCUUGCAGUUUUUUGUUAUUUUGAUGGCUAUUGCCUUUUUUUAAAAUGCGUCCUUUAGUGUAUACUUAACUCAUGAUUUGAAAGCCGAUUUACUAAGUUAGGUAAUGU